AUGCUGAACCUGAACCAACCUUUGGAUCCAAGCGAGGAAGAAGACUUUUUCAAGGUGUUGAUCUGCGACGAUUUCUGCAACAACAUUAUCGCUCCCUUAAUGCAAGCUAAGGAUCUUCUUAGACAUGGAGUUACACUUACAAUGCCAAUCUUUAACCCUAACCCUAAAAACCAGAGAGGGCGUGUUCCUGCUCCAGCUGUCUACUUUGUUCAACCAACUGAAACCAACAUCCAGAGAAUCAUAUCAGAUGUUUCUACAUCUCUCUACGACACCUUUCAUCUCAACUUCUCGUCUUCUAUCCCUCGUCCUCUCCUCGAAGCCCUUGCUUCAGGGACACUCAACUCCAUUGAAAGGGUUGCAAAGGUGUAUGAUCAGUAUCUUGAGUUUGCCACUUUGGAAGAUAACUUGUUUUCCUUGGAGCAACACUCUGUCUAUGAUCAGUUGAAUGAUCCAUCAGCAACGGAUAGAGAGAUCGAGGAAGUUAUCGAAAAGGUCGCUGAUGGGCUCUUCUGUGUCUUGGCAACGCUUUGUGUGGUUCCUGUUAUACAAUGUCCUCGUGGAGGACCAGCAGAGAUGGUGGCUUCUUCUUUGGAUCAUAAACUUAGAGAUCAUCUUUUGUCCUCCAAGAACAAUCUCUUUACACAAGGUGGUGGUGUGAGUUCGUUUCAGCGGCCUUUGUUGUGCAUUCUCGAUAGGAGCUUUGAUCUUUCUGUUGGGAUUCAACACGACUUUAGAUACAACUCUCUUGUUCACGACGUUCUUGGUCUGAAGCUCAACGGUUUGAAACUUCCAGGUGGAGACAAGAAAACAAUUGUAGACAUUUCAGACCAGUUUUGGUCGGCCAAUGGUUCUUUAGGGUUUCCAGAAGUAGCUGUGGAGAUCGCAAAUCAGUUGAACAAGUACAAGAAAGAGGUGGAGGAGAUUAACAUGAGAACAGGAGGUGGUAGGAGGAGCAGCAACAGUGAAGAAUUAGAUGGGAAUGUGAACACUAAGCAUCUGAUGAAUGCUGUGAAGUCACUUCCAGUGUUGCAAGAGAGGAAGAAGGUAAUCGACAAGCACACAAACAUAGCGACCUUGCUCCUAGGAGAGAUCAAGGAGCGGUCUCUUGAUGUGUACACGGAGAAAGAGAAUGACAUGAUAAAGAUGAGAGGAAGCGUAGACAUGAGCGAUCUUCUAUCUGUUUUGAAAGGGAAAGGUACGAAGAUGGACAAGAUACGUUUUGCCCUCAUGUACUUAAUAUCGUUGGAAACCAUAAACCAGGUUGAUGUGGAAGCCGUGGAAGCGGCGUUGCGUGAAGCUGAGGCUGAUACAAGCGCGUUCCGGUACGUGAAAAAGAUCAAGUCGCUGAAUGUUUCUUUGGCAGCCUCCUCAGAUAACUCAGCAGCUAGCAGAAGAAACAUUGUUGAUUGGGCUGAGAAGCUUUAUGGUCAGUCUAUAAGUGCGGUUACUGCUGGAGUCAAGAAUCUCUUAACCGGAGAUCAAGAACCGGCCGUGGUCCGGACUGUUGAAGCUUUAAUGGAGGGGAAACAGAACGCGGAAACGGAUUCGUACCUGGUGAUGGAUCCGAGAGCUUCAAAAUCAGUCUCUAGUGGUAGCCUUGUGAAAGGGCCUUUUAGAGAAGCGAUAGUUUUCAUGGUCGGAGGUGGUAACUACAUUGAGUAUAACAGUUUGCAGGAGCUAUCGCAGCGUCAGGAGACGGUCAAGAACGUUAUAUAUGGAGCCACGGAGAUGCUUACUGGAGCUGAGCUCGUUGAGCAGCUCGCGUUCUUGGGACAGAAUAUGGGAUUGAGAUAG